CUCCAUCUCUCUUAUCUUUUCGCUUUAUCUCUCUCUUUUUCUUCUUCUCAGAGUUUCUUCGCUGGUAAGAUACGAGGAGAAAAAAAAAAAAAAAAAAAAGGCGAGCUUCACGGAUAACCCGAGUCCGAAUCAAAACCCGUAUCAGCGACGGCUUGGAUUCGCUUUGGGGAAAGAAAUUUGUAUGGGGGUUUCAUUGAGGAAUAUCGUUUGCCCAUGGAGUAUUGAAUCUGAUUUUGGGAUUUUGAUGCUGUUAGGGUUCUUCGCGCAUUGAGAAAUUACUGUUAUCCGUCAAUUCGAUUUCGAGGCGGGAAAUUAGGGCUAGGGUUUUCGAUUAGAAGCAUUUUAUAUUUAGGGUCGGCGAUUGAGGGGCUUUGUGUUUAUGGUCUGAUAUUUUUUUAGGGUUUUGUUUUUAUUGUUCUAUUCGAAGACGGGGAAGAUAGGUGUGGGUUAGGAGGAUAAUGUGUAUACUCUGUGUGAUUCAGAAGUGGUCUCGCCGGGUUGCUACGAUGCUUCCUUGGUUAGUCAUUCCACUAAUAGGACUUUGGGCUCUCUCUCAGCUAUUACCGCCGGCAUUUCGCUUCGAGAUUACAUCACCAAGGCUGGCUUGUGUUUUUGUGCUUUUGGUUACUCUCUUUUGGUAUGAGAUUUUGAUGCCUCAGCUAUCAGCUUGGCGUGUCAGGAGGAAUGCUAGGCUUAGGGAGAGAAAGAGGUCUGAAGCCAUUGAGUUGCAGAAGCUUAGGAAGACAGCCACUCGGCGAUGUCGUAACUGCUCGACUCCGUAUAGGGAUCAGAAUCCAGGUGGGGGUCGCUUUAUGUGUUCAUAUUGUGGGCAUGUUUCGAAAAGACCAGUUUUGGAUUUGCCUGUACCACCUGGGAUGGGGAUUUCGAACUCCGGGUUAAUCAAAGAUUUGGUUGGAAAGAGUGGCAAGAUAUUGAACGGCAAGGUUUGGUCUGAUAAUGGGUGGAUGUGUGGUCAAGAUUUGUUGGAGAAUAAUGGUAAUUGGGUUGGAGGUUCUAUUGGGGGAAAAUCUACUUAUUGGAGGAAGAAUGGAAGCAGUCUUUUUGGAGGAGAUGAAGAUUGUUUGGCAGAGAAGUCGUAUUCAGGUGUAGUCAUUUUUGCCUACAAGGUUUUGAAAUCUUUUUUCUCGAGCAUUAGAUGGCUUUGGAGAAAGAUAUUUAGCAUUAAUUCGAGGGAGGAUGCUUCUUCUGAUGCAGAACAUAAGGGAUUAUUGGCUAAGAGGGGUGAGAAUGGGGGUAACUUCCAUGAAAGUAGAGGAGAAAAAGCACGCCGGAAAGCAGAAGAGAAGAGGCAAGCUAGGAUAGAGAAGGAGCUCUUGGAGGAGGAAGAGAGAAAGCAGAGGGAGGAGGUUGCGAGGUUGGUUGAGGAACGUAGGAAACUGAGGGAUGAGAAAAUGGAGGCAGAAAAAGAUCGUGGGAAAUCAUCGCCACCCAGCAGGGAGAAAAAUAGAAAGAAAGAAGCAGAAAGAAAGCGUCAAGAAAGAAAGAAAGAGAAGGACAAGGGUUCUAGCAAGAGCAAUUCUGAUGCAGAAGAUCUGGAAAAAAAACCAGGUAAGGAUGGUGAAAGAAAGCGGGACUCUGAUAAGAAGAGUGAGAUUGAUCGUCGGGAACAUCUGAGAUCAGGGACAGAUUUUGUUAAGAGUCAGAGCACUGAGGUGGGCCAUGGGAUAAAGAACGUUUCUUCAAACAAUUUGAGUCGGGGAAAUGCUGGAACUAGGUACCUGGAUCGUAUGAGGGGUACGUUUUUGUCUUCUUCUAAAGCAUUUAGUGGCGGUAGUUUCUUUGGAAGAGGUGCUAAUACUACCGCUGCUGUGACAAAAGAAAACAAACCAAACAGUUCUGUAGAUCAUGUCCAUACUUAUACGCAUAGAAGAGAUAUAUAUCCACCUGAACGUGUAGCUGCAAAACCUUGUAUAAAUGGAGAUGAUAGGAAUUUCAACCGUCCUGUAAUCUCCGAACAACAGCCAGCAGCAGCACCUAAAAAGUCAUGGCAGCAAUUAUUUACUCGAUCGGCAUCUGUUACUUCAUCCCCAAAUGUCAAUGUCAUAAGUAGACCAAAUACAAAGUUCCAAGUAGAAGCUCAAAGCCCACCAUUAUCUGGUCAAUCAUCAUCGUUGCAAUCAUUUGACAAUCCAAUAAAUUUUGGGCUACCAUCACCAUUUACUCUUUCUACCUAUCCAAACGGAUCAACUAGCACUAGUCUAGGCUUUUCACCUGCAAUUGAACCCAUAUUCCCUCGUGUUGGAGAAGGGCCUCAUGAACUUAUACCAGAAGAGCCAGAGCUUUUUGAAGACCCCUGUUACAUUCCUGAUCCAGUAUCGUUGCUUGGGCCUGUUUCAGAGUCACUUGAGAAUUUUCAGCUGGACCUGGGGACUGGCUUUGCAACAGAUAUGGGAUUGGAAAGACCUCAUACUCUUAAGAAUUUAUCUGCUACUUCGGAAGUUAACAAGCCAUCUCCUAUUGAGUCUCCUAUGUCAAGAGAGAAGCAUAACAGUUCUAAUCGCUUUCCAACCACACCAAAGACCCAAAACAUGCAUACUUUACCUGUGGAUGAUGCGAAUACAAAUGAAACAUUGACGUGGCAAAUGUGGAAUACUUGUCCUCUUGGUCAGGAUGGUCUGGGUUUAGUUGGUGGCCCGGCAAGCUGGAUUCUACCGCCAGAACUGAACAGAGCAAGCAAGGAUGAUUUUGUGCACCCUUCGUCACAGAAAACAAUGGCCUCAUUGUUUACAAAAGAGGAACAAGUCCCUUCAGGCACUCCUCCUCAGAAUGUUUUUCUUGGUAAUGGGCAGAAUGGGACAUUUAGCCCUGGUACUGGUUCAAGUGAUCCUGAUCCUUGGUUGCAGAAAGCUUUUUUUCCACCGUUGUCAGCUGGUGAAAACCCUUUUGUUCUCAAACCUCAAGAGGAAAUUGCUCAGAAUGAAAUGGUAUAUGGGAGCCCUAGCAGAUCUGCUACCAACCAUCCAUUUGAGCUGUCUUCAUCCAAUUGUUGGUCCAAAAAGGAAUGGCCUGUGCAGAGUACAGGAGAAGGUAUUGGGAAGCCCUCCAUUUCAAGGCCACAUGUUGGUGGUCUAUUUCCCGCCCCAGAUGUACAGCCACUUUGGUGAUUUGAUUAAAAACAGGGGAAAAAAAAAAAAAAAAAGUAUGAGGGACUUGAAUACACCUCCUGUUCUCUAUUGAGGCAAAUAGCCUCUUUUGGAGGAGAGUUUAGAAUACUGAAUGCAUUGUAUCUUCCUGCUCGUCUUUAUAAGGGAGAUUGAUGUUUACUUCACUAGAA